AUGCAAAGCGCUGAUGCCUCUUGUCGAUUUUUGCUACUUUCCAUUCAGCCCUUCAGCGUUCCUGCGCCAUUGCCUCGUAUCGCCUAUCUCGGUCAGCCUGUUUGGAUUCAAUCUGGCAGGCUGCGUGACAACAUCCAACUAGCCAGCACCUGGGAUGCUGAAUGGUUUUCCCGAGUGGUCUCCGCUUGCCAGCUCACCUCAGAUCUAGACCAUCUGCCUUCUGGGCCAGAUACCAUGGUGGGUGAAGCCGGCAGUCGCCUGAGUGGUGGGCAGCGAACACGAGUUGCUCUCGCCAGAGCCCUCUACCAACGCGCGGAUCUCGCCCUGCUUGACGAUCCUCUCUCGGGACUGGAUACACAUGUCGCUCGCCAAGUAGCUACUCAGUGCCUUGGAAAACGCGGCCUUUUCGCCGCCUGCCAUACAGCACGCGUUAUCGUGAUGGGUGGUGGAUCUGAUGUUUCCGGGGUAAUUAGCAUAGGCGUUACCAAUUACUUCAAAUUGAAUGCUAGCAUAAUAUGCCUACGGGUUUCUGAUGGGAAUCUUGCCAAUCCCGGAUAG